UUUACAAGAAUAAAAAUAAACGAUGUCGCUCUUAACGCAUUAAUCAUAUUUAAUCAGCGGUAGCGUCCACCUUUUUUAAAAUAUAUUUUAAUAAGGAGCACGAGCACACACCUUUGAGGUAAUAUUGACUCACGGCGUGGCUCUGUGUUUUAAAGCGGCGCUCUGUGGGACCGGAGACGACACGGCGGAGCGGCUCCGGAGGAAAUGGCGUAGACCGGACCACGACCGCGGCGCCGGAGAAUCGGACCAGCGACCAUGGCGACCCUCGGGCAGAUCGUCUUCUGCAGCAUGAUUACCCUCAUCAUCAUAUUCGGGGCGGCCAUCAUCCUCAUCUUAGCCUUGUCCUUCUCAGGACAAUUGUCGGAGGUGAAGAGCAACGACGUGACGCCCGUCGCCAACCUCGGAGACGACCAGCUCCUCAGCUGCUUCCAGAACUCGGAGGUCAAGCCGGCCCAGUUCACAAACAUGGCGGUCUCCUGGGAGAAGACGGGCCUGACGGGCUCCGUGUACCAGUACAGCGCCGGAGCCCCGACCCUCCUGGACCAGGCCCCGCAGUUCAAAGGGCGGACGCAGCUGUUCCCCGACGCCCUGUUGGCGGGCAACGCCUCCCUGCUGCUGAGGAGCGUGAGGCCCAGCGACGCCGGCGAGUACACCUGCAGCCUGAGCUCCAGCGCGGGCAGCGGGCGGGUCAAGAUCCAGCUCCAGACUGCAGCCUACUCGGCCCCCGCAUUUAGCCUCGAAAGCGGCGCCCUGGUGGCCGUGGCUCCCCGCUGGUUCCCCAAACCGCGCGUCGCGUGGUCGGACUUCUUCGGGACCGUCCUGAACGGGAGCACGAGCUUCGUGGAGAGCUCCGUGGGCGUUUUCAAGGUCGUCAGCGCGCUGCGGCCGAUCACCGUGGGCGAAACGUACACCUGCAGGAUCCAGAACGACCUGGUGACCGGCGUCUCGAAAGCCACCGUGACAGGUUCUGGUGUUGAAGCGAAAACAUACUUCACCUUCAACGCUGCAUCGUCCCUCCUGACAUCAACACACCUGAGCAUGAUGACCAGUGUGCUCUGCAUCUAUUAUCUCACCUAGUCACACACACACACACACACACACACACACACACACACACACACACACACACACACACACACACACACACACACACACACAUACACUCCAUCUGGGCGUGAAUGCUUUAUUUAUUACGGUGGGCGUUGUUACAGUGUAACAGCAUUUUCUCAGCAUUUAUAAAUAUACAUAUUAUUAUUGAUAUCUAUACUGUCUGUACAUCAAAGAGGAUGAACUGCAGGACAAUAAUAAAACAAUAUAAACGUGUGCAGUGAUCAUGUUAUAGACGUAUCCUUGUGUUCAUUAAUAAAGUGAAUUGUUCUGAAGAGGA